AUGGCUUUGAGCGUUGAUGAUCGUCUUCGACGUAUUGGGAUCCCGAUAGUUUCUCGUUGUGAUUGUUGUGACGAAGGUAAGUAUGAAGACCAAAACCACGUACUUUUCGAAGUUGAGUUUGCAACGAAAAUAUGGCAUUAUUAUGGAGCUACCUUUGGUCUUCCUCUUGGUCUUACUUGGAGGGAGAUGGUAACAAUUUGGUUUCGACGUGCGGCCUCAGACUCUCAAGUGGGGCUCAUAGCGGGGCUUCUACUUUCUAUUAUUACUUGGCACCUUUGGCGUAGAAGAUGUACUACACGUAUGAAGGGUAUUAUUCAGUCUAUUAGUUCGGUUUGGCAUUCUAUUAGAAGUUGGAUGGGUUUAGUAAGUCGAGAUAUGAAAAAGGUUAGUAAAUGUUCUAGGCAUGACUCACAGAUUUUACAGAUAUUGAAUAUUCUGGUGUUGGUUCCUGAUAGGAAGUAUUUAAAGCUAGUUGCUUGGCAGAAGCCUGCUCAAGGGUGGCUUAAGUUGAAUACAGACGGUAGUAGUCUUGGUAACCCAGGUUCUUCAGGAGUGGGUGGUAUUAUUAGAAAUGAUCGAGGUCAUAUGGUUCACGCCUUUAAUUCCUAUAUUGGAUUCGGUUCAAGUAAUAGAACUGGAUUGUUAGCUAUUUUACAGGGUCUCAAAGCCUGUAAGGAUCUGAGGAUUAAUUUUGUAGAAAUUGAAUUAGAUUCUCAAGUGGUGAUCUUGUGGUGGAAUAGGCGGAGGUGUGGGGUGUGGUACUUGGAAGAUUUUUGGGAAGAUACUCUAGCCCUUAUGGAUUAUAUAGUGUGCAUAGUUAGACAUGUUUAUAGGGAGGGAAAUAAAGUUGCUGAUUGGUUGGCUCGGAGUGGUGCGACUGGUCUUAUCUCUGAAUGGAGAUUUCUCAGGGAUGUGCCUAGGUUGCUUCGAGCAUUAAUUUGUUUGGAUACUAGGUUUGCCAUCUUUGCGUUGUUGUUAGCGUCAUUUUCAUGUGGCGUUUUUGUCCUCAGGUUGGUUUGGUAA